AUCAAUUUUCUAGUAGACUAUUUUGCUUUAAUACAUUUCUUAAAUAGUUCAUCAGCACCGUAGAAUUGUGGUUUUAAUUAAAAAAAUUAAUAUUUUUGUAAAAAACUCAAUUUGUGACACAUCAAUUGUGUCACACUCUCUCUCCGCUUUCCACUUUUUUCGAAGCGUUCAGCAUCUCCGGCAACGUGGAAAUGGAGAUCAGCUGGGUUUGGUUGGGUUCACCGACGGUCUCUGAUAAUCCUUGAUCUGGGCGGAUCGACGGGCGGGGCAAUAGAUUAUCUGCUCGUUUGUCUUCAUUUCAUUUGAUGAGACAGAGGAUGCCCUCCUUCGCGACCAAUCGCUUCACAAAUCACUAAACGCAGAAAAGUAGCAAUAGUAGUAUCCUGUACUGAGGCGAUGCCAUCACCGCAGUUGGCAAGUAUGUCCCGAGGAUUCUCAUUCUUUGGAGCUGGGGGUUCAAACAAGGUCCUUAUUGGUCCAAAAAAUGAGCUUGUGCCAUCGUUGAAAUUACAAACGGAUAAAGAUGCGUAUAGACCUGGUGAUUCUGUUAAUGUAACUAUUGAGAUUGCUAUCCCGGACCUGACUUCCCAUGGGGAGGGUGCAGAUAAUGCCUUAUGUUCGUUUCUGAUUGAAAGGCUUGCGUUUGAGAUGAAAGGGAUCGAGAAGUUGGAUACUCAAUGGUUUGCCACGCAGAAGCUGUUACCUGGAUCAAAGCAACGAAGAGGUGAACAUGUUUUCAUGGACUACUCAGCUCCGUGUAUAGUUUCAAAUCAGAUUGUAUCCUCUGGAGCCUCUAAGACAUAUGUGGUGCGAACAAUGCUGCCUAACAUCAUACCACCAUCGUACAGGGGUGUCACUAUUCGCUAUUUGUACUUUGUUAGAAGUAUGCUAUCUGGGAGAUGGCUGGUACUGGAGAGUGGCCGCUCUCAUUCCAAGUCGUUAAAAGAUCUUACUGAACUGGAAGCUCGUAUUCCACUGCAAAUAUGGGCCACUCAGAAAGCCAGUGGCUUGCAAAUUGAAGAGGGUUGGAGUGAUGGGAUUGUUCCUCCUGCGGCCAUCCAAAUGGACAUAUACUGGAAAGAGAUGGAUGGAGACUCUGACUGGGCUAGAGCUAAUGAUGGCUAUGAUGCUUUUGAGGAAGGAUAUGAAAGCUCCAGGGAUGAGAUUUCAUCGGUUUCUUCCUACAAUCACAUUAAAGAAAAUAUUCACAAAAGCUUAAGUUCAUUAUCUGUACAAUCAUCACUAGGAAGGUCAUCAAAUAAGAAUACUCCAAAUUUUGAGGGAGAACGUACUAGUUUAUCUUCAUAUAUGGCACUUCCUCGGCUGUCUGUGGCUGAGGUCUUGUAUGAUUCUGGUCCUGAUGUUUUGUCAUCCCAGAUGUCUCCAGCUAUUCUGUCUCCAAGUGAGCAGCGGAAGCACAUGGCGUCCCUUUCCCCAGUUGAUGAAGCAGGAGUGUCAUCUGUACCAGGAACUGUUGAACCAGUAGCAUCAGAAGGUUUUAUUCGAGGCAGGUCUUACAAUAUCAGGCUGGACGACGAAGUUUUGCUCCGAUUUUCCCCAAAGAACUCUGAGUCAACUUAUUACUUCAGUGAUAUGAUAGGUGGCACUCUUACUUUCUUUCAUGAAGAAGGAACUAGGAGAUGUCUUGAGGUAUCAAUUACAUUGGAGACUUCUGAAGCUAUAAGUCAACAGUUUGUCCAUCCAUCUCGGAGGAAUUCCCCAACAAUUACAAAGGUUCAGAGCGAUCACCAUGAGGUUGUUGCAGAUUUGGUGCAGACAAGCUUUCUUUUUUCCAUUCCCAUGGAUGGGCCCAUGUCAUUCUGCACUCCCCAUGUGUCUGUGCAAUGGGCUCUUCGAUUUGAGUUCUUUACCACACCAAAGCAUAUGGACUGGACUAGAUUCGACCAUCCUCUUCUUAUAGAUAGAAGAGAGAAAAAUGAGUGGGUUCUUCCAAUUACUGUGCACGCACCUCCACCAGGGACUCCAGCUACUCACAACCGAAAUGAGAAGCCAGUUUCUUUGGAACCCAUGUGGGUUUGCACCUGAUGGCGUGUUUUCCCGCGACCACAUUGUCCAAUCGCUUAUUGCAACUCUUGGCAUUUGUUUUGCACUCAACCAAGUGAGUAGGGAGCAUGCUCUUCUCAGGGAAAUGUUCUGUGAAAUGCUAAAAUAACGAAUUGCAGCACCCUUGAAAGCAUGGAAGCUCGUGGAAUUUGCUGAAGUUGUUCUUUGGGAGUCAUGUUAACAGCUCGUGCCUUGUUGCUGUACAUGAUUUUUUUUUUUUUUUUUCCCUCGUGUAAGGUUUGAUGUCAUAAAAGUUUCUGAUAUUCUUUGGAUAUGCAAGGUGAAUUUUCUGCAGAAACCUUUCCUUGCUGGAAUAUUGUUUUGCCCUUGUUCUUCCUGGAUGCCCAAGGCUCCAUCUGUAUUUCAGCAGUUGAUUUAUAAGUGAUUCACCAGUAGUGAUGGACAUGCUUCACUAGUAUCACGUGCCUCUGUUUUUCAAUUUUUCAAAAUUUGUAUAAAAAAAUUCAAGACAUGAAGAUGUUGACUAAUAAAAAGAUGGUGAUAUUUAUGGUUC